UGAUCCGACGCACACAGUGGUGUUCAUAAGAGCGAUCGACGCACGUAUACCUGAAAGAGUCUCAAGUCUAAGCUGCUAGUGACCCUCUGAGUCAGUAGUCGAGGACCGUUCGAGGAUUCCUCGGGUUCUGUCAAGUGUCUGACAGUGAAAAAAAAGAGGGAAGGGAAGUAACGCCGCGAAGAAGGGGACAUUUGAGGUGAUUUGAAAAUUACUGAGACCACCAUCAUCACAACAGAGUCAUUCACCCGUCGGUCAUCGUCAUAGCAUCAACACUCUAUUUAGCUGUUUAUUACUUAUUUAAUAACUGUGUAUUUUAUUAAAUAAAACUUCAUCAUUUUAGACGAUUGACCGCCAAAAAGUGCAAGUGCUCGUGAUGGCCAUACAAAGAAAAUAUCAUUAAUUAUUUAUUAACUGUGACUCUUUAGUGCUUCUGUGGAAUGAUUAUUUUUCUUAGUGACUAUGGAUAUUUUUUUUUAAGUGAAACAAUUUUAUUUUUUUCAUUCACAACCAUUCGAUCAUUUUUUAAGGCUCUGGAUAGCCUUUCUAUACUGAUAUUACUACUGAAGUUAAUCAGCAAAGAUGAAUCAACAGUGUAAAGUUUGUGGUGAACCUGCGGCAGGAUUCCACUUUGGAGCUUUUACUUGCGAAGGAUGCAAGUCAUUUUUUGGAAGGUCCUACAACAAUCUUGGAAGUAUAUCUGAAUGUAAAAAUGGUGGAGAAUGUGUAAUAAAUAAAAAAAACCGAACGGCCUGCAAAGCUUGUCGAUUACGAAAAUGUCUACUCGUAGGCAUGUCAAAGUCGGGAUCACGUUAUGGUAGGCGUUCAAAUUGGUUUAAAAUCCACUGUUUACUCCAAGAACAACAGCAACAACAACAACAGCAGCACCAGAAUCUAACAAGUCGGCCACCACAACCAAAUUCAACCCCUUCAAUGGGAAUUCAUUCCACUCCAAGAAGUAAAGAAGAUUCAGUGAUGUUAGGUCUAGAUGACUACAAAAAUUCGACAUCACCGUCAAUAAGUUCGCCAGAGUCACAUAAUAGUGACAGUUCAGUGGAAGUGUCAGAAAGAAGAGCAGCGUAUGGCCUUCAUCCAGGUUUUAGACCUCUUCAUCCUCAUCUUCCACCACCAGACUUAUCAUCACUAAGCAAGGAAAUGAUGAGUCUUCCUCUAGGAUACCUUGGUGGUAUGUCAUUGCUUCCUCCAUCAUUUCUACCACCACCUGGCCUAUCCAUGUUCUCACCUUAUCACCUUUAUGCGUCUCAUACUCAUCCUAGUCUGCUUCCUAAUCAUUCAACACUUCGAAGCUCACCAUUAGCUAAUAAUCCUCCAACCACCGAUUUAACACCAGGAAGCAGCGACAAUUACGAAAAUAUUACGAACAAUAAUAGCAGAUACGUGGCUAAUCACAAUGUAGUAAGUGAAGAAAUUUCUUCAAAUAAGAGAUUUUAUUUAGAUGCUGUUUUAAAGAGUCAACGAUCAUCACCAAUAUCUAAGAAAUCACGAAUUGAUGAUUCACCAAGGUCCAGUCCUGAUCGUGACUGCAUACCACCUCAAGAUGAUCCUAUUGACUUGUCUAUGAAAACAAGUGGAACAAUAACAAGUGAGGAAUCAGAAGAAGAUGUCAAUUUGGAGGAUAGUGAUGGAGAAAGUCCUAUUUUAAAGAGAAGACCACUACCGAUUGAUCUUACUACCAGGGCGUAAUAUAGAAAAAAAUUAAACAAUUAUUUUUCUGUGGAAUGUGCAAUCCUAAAAUGUUCGGCAACAUUUUUAGUCGUUAGGAGAAUUGAGCAAAGCCAAUUUUUACGACUAUGUAUCGAUAAAGAUAUUUGAUGACUUUGCAAUGUUUUUAUCUUGUUUAUGAAGACAACGAUAUAAAUUUUAAAUACAGACAGCAUAUUGACCCAAUUUUUAACUAGAGACUUUCAUGGAUUAACAUCCAAUAUAAUAUAUAAUAUUAUAAAAUAAUAUCAAUUGAAAUUUUUUUAACAUCUCCGGGGGAUCUUUUAAUUUAAACUUGAAAGACAGCAAUCAAAAAAGUCCAAUUAUAAAACGAAAAUCAGUAAAAGCUGACCUCAUUAUUCGGUCAUAAUCGAUCAGCAAAAUGAACCUGACAUUCUCACUUCUGCUUUAAAAAUUUUUAAUGAGAGAUUAUCUAGAUGAAUGAGAUAAUCGAUAUGUCCAGGUUAAUUAACGAUCUCUAUCCCGGUCUAUCAUCGUAAAACAUAUUGACAAUAAUCAUGCACGUGUUAAGAACGUGUUGAAGAAGCUCAAGAACAUGUGUCGGCAACUAACCAAUGCUUUAAAGAUAAACCUCAUUGCUUUCGAUUCCUGUCGAUGUACCAGCACCUUCAUCGAUUCUUUGCCUCAUUGAUUUUGUCCAGAACCAUAGGCAAUCGGUCAAAUUGGCUGUCAAAAUGAUGAUAGAUUUGUUCUUUCGGUUGGCUUGAACUUGAACAGACAAACCGAAAUAAUUUUAGAUGGGAAUCAGGUCAAAAAAAAAUUCAAGAAAGACAUAAAUUAAGAUUUUUUUUAAAUAAAUAAAUUGGACAAUACCUUCGCAACUGGUUUAUCCAUAGACACGAGCUCAUCUUGCUGAACAUAAGACCGCUUUUAACAAGAUAGUUGUUUUGCAUUUUUGGACUCGACCGAUUUUAUAUACUGACUUUUCCAAACUAAAUUAGCUAAGAUUCAUGUAAAUAUUUAUUUGCAAUACUUCUUUAAAUCAACUCUAAUUAGUUAUUAAUUAGAGAUUUAUGGCCAGUACAUAACUAAUAAAUAAUUUGUUGUAAAAAUUGUUCAUAGAUAUUUUUUUUUUAAAAUUGUGCAAUUAAUCUGUGCAAAAAGGAUAGCUUUAAGAAAUAAUUUAAAUAUAAAUAUUAAAUAGUAAAAAAUGAAGUUAUGUAAAUAUAUUAAAUAAAAUUGUGACGGUGGGACCAAGGCCAGUAGUUUUUAUUGAAAUGUAAAUAUUGAUGAGAAAAUAAAAUAUUUCUAUUACCAAUUAA